AUGUCUCAAAGAAACUCAUUAAAGCCAACUUGUGGUUGUGCCAUUGAUCGACUACUUCGUCAUGACGAAACUUAUAUCUUUAUUACUGGAGCACAGAAACAGUCUGAUUCACCUUCAGGCAAAAGUUAUAUUGCUUACUGUUUACGUAUUGGUGAUAUUGAAACUAAACGUAGAUAUAGCGAAUUUGAAUCAUUUAGAAAAGCAAUGACCUUACUUCAUCCUGCUCUAAUUGUACCGCCUAUACCCGAAAAGCAUUCAUUAGUUGAUUAUGCUGCUUUGCAAACAAGAGUAAAAGACGAUUUGCCCAUGAUUGAGAAAAGAAAACGAAUGCUUCAAACCUUUUUGAAUAGAAUAGCCAAACAUCCUGAAUUGGGUAAAGAACACAUAUUUCACUUGUUUCUGGAGAGCGGUGUUUCCUGGUCUGACGUCCUUCAUUCUCCUCCUUUAUCGACUAUGCCAAAGAACCCAUUACAGAUGGUAGUCAGCAAAUCAGUAGACGCACCAACACAUACAUUCAAUCCUGUCCUAUCAAGCAAUUUGAUUCCUUCUCCUUCAGCAGCUUAUCAGUUACAAAAUCCUGAUCCAAGGUUUGAAGAAUCAGAAAAGUUUACUUUUAGGAUAGCCAAUUAUAUGAACAAUAACCUGGAUAAAAGUCAGCGUAAGGUUAUACGUCGAUUAGGAGAACUAGCAAAUGAUUAUGCAGAAUUAGGCGCAGUAUAUAAUGGAUUUAGCUUGAAUGAAACAGGCGAGAUUGCAAAUGCUAUCGAAAAGAUUGGACAGGCAGUGGAUGUUGGCUAUACUGAAACAGGUCAGAUGGUCACUUCUUUAGAAGGCGAAUUUGCUGAGCCUAUCCAAGAGCAUGCCCAAUUUGCCCAAAUUAUUAAACAGGUGCUAAAGUUUCGUCAUAUGAAGCACGCUCAAGUAGAGAUGAUCGAGACAUCAUUAAAUAACAGAAAAGAGUACUUGAAUAGCUUACAAAACAUGGAAAAUGAAGCUAGACGUCUUGAAGCAGCUCUCACCAGGGACAGUUCCGCUGUCGACACGACAGGCGAUGUGGAUGAAAGUUUGAGUAGCAGGGCUUAUUCAUCAAGACAGACGACUAGACCACUACCACAUAACAGCAACUGGGCUGGUAAACCAAUGCGUGUUAUCAGUGCAGUUGGACAUACCUUACAGAAUAUCAUUGAUGCUAAUCCCGAAGCUACAAGACGCAAUCAGAUUGGCAUGUCUAAAGAUGCAAUUCAUGUGUUGGAAGAAGCUCUAAGUAUCGCAAGUAAGGACUUGGGUGCGAUCUCUACAGAGCUACAAUCAGACUUGGAUCGAUUUCAAAAGGAAAAGAUCCAGGAUUUACGAGAUAUGCUAAUUGCUUAUGCAAAGAUACACAUACGUUAUUGUCAAAAGAAUUUGGAAGCAUGGCAAGAGGCUCGUGCUGAAGUCGAGAAAAUACCAAUUUAA